UUGUUGGACGAGCUUGAAAAGAACGGAAUUCGUGGGACUGGAACUGUUAUGAAAAAUCGGAUUCCUGCUGAUGUGCGCCAUUUACUGAUAAAUGACACAGAACUUAAGAAACAAGGGCGAGGAAGCAGCCAAGUGAUCGUCCGAAAUGAUGACAAUAUAGCGUUUACGAAAUGGUACGAUAAUAAACCUGUUUUGUUUUUAUCAUCUGUUGAAGCGAACUUCGAAUCUGACGAGUGUCGACGCUGGUGCAAGAAAACUAAAGUUUAUGUGACCGUACCACGCCCCAGGGUAGUGAGACAAUACAACCAGGAAAUGGGAGGAGUCGAUCUUGCCGACCGUCUUUUGGCUCUAUGUCCCUAUCGCUAUAGGACCCGAAAAUGGACACAACGUUUUUUCGCCUCAAUGGUUGAUUUAGCUAUAAGCAACUCCUGGAUACAGUACAAAAAAGAUCAAUUGAAAGCUUUGGUUCCUUUAAAAAAAUUCAGCAACUACGAGCUUUCAAAAUGGAGCUGGGCGAAUAUUUCAUUGAGGCCUACAGUUAUACUAACACAGAAGCUACUGACUCAGAAAAGAAUAACUGACCUCUAG